GCUCCCAUAACCUUUUCCGCGCUCUUCGCCUGCCCCUCGCCGUUCCGACAUCAUGGUUGAGAAGAUCUACGUAACAUACAACCAGGUGCACAAGCUGUGCCAGAACUCGGCCCAGCGCAUCCUAGAUGACUUCAAGCCGCAGCUCAUGGUCGCCAUCGGCGGCGGCGGCUACGUACCCGCGCGCAUCCUGCGAUCCUUCCUCAAGACGCCCGGCUCUCCCAACAUCCCCAUCCAAGCCAUCGGCCUCUCCCUCUACGAAACCCUCGGCACCGACCCCGUCGAGCAGCCCGGCACAAAAGUAACCCGCACACAAUGGCUCGACCUCUCCUCGCUCGAGAUGGCCAACCUCAUCGGCAAAGACAUCCUGAUCGUGGACGAGGUCGACGACACGCGGACGACGCUCGAGUACGCCGUCAAGGAGCUUGAGAAGGACGUGCUGGAGGCGCAGAAGAAGCUCGGCCGAGAGGGCGAGAAGACGCGCUUCAGCAUAUUCGUGCUGCACAACAAGGACAAGGCGAAGAAGGGCGUGCUGCCCGAGGAUGUGGUGCAGGGACGGUAUCUCGCUGCCGAGACGGUGGGGGAUGAGUGGAUCUGCUAUCCAUGGGAGGCGCGGGACAUCGAUGAGCAUGAUGCUUCGUCCAAGGCGCAGGAGAAGUAAGUGCGUGUGGGAGUAGCAGGUUGGGAUUGGAUACGGUGUUACACGAAAAGGGAGCAUGGGAACGUGCAUUUGGUGGGAUUUACGGAGUUAGAGAGUGUUUGCAUGCCAUAUAGCAGGCCGAGGGCGCCCAUCGAGCAUUCACGAUACACACGAAAGACAAGAAAGUCGUUCACACAAUCAUAUCAACGAACUGA